AUGAGUGACAAACAUGAAAAAAAUGAUCACAACUUACUUAACGAAACUGAAGAAAUAGCAGAUGAAACAGAAAUUGACUUGGAAAGUUUCUUUGAAGAGGCCUAUUAUGGUAGUGUAGAUAUGGAAGACCUAUGUAUAAAUAUAGAAACAGUAAUAUUAGAAGUAGAAAACAAUUUUGAUGAUUUUGACCAAGCUAAACAAUAUGUAAAACUCUAUGCUGAAUUCAAAGAUUUCAAAAUAAGAAUAGGUCAGAAUUCUGCAAUAGAUAAUGCUGAAGGAGAGAAAGUUCAACAUAAAAAGACUAUCUGUUGUCGUCAUUCUGGUCAAUAUCAUCUAGCAAAUAAAGCAAAAUCUAGAAAUACAGUUAGACAGGGCUGUCAAUAUAGUAAUACUUCUUUAUAUGAACUUGAUAAGGUUCUUAUGGAUAUUUCUGAAGAUAGAGUAAGACGACAACAGUGUAAAGAUCCGAUUAGAUUAACAGUAAACAGUGUAACAAUAUUUUCAAAAAUCAAAGCACUUGUCAAACGCUACCUGCAUUCAAAUAUCAUACAAUUUUUGAUUAAUCAAAUAAAAGAAAGUAUUUUUUAUACAGCUCAUCAUUCAAAUAUUAACGAAGUUGAGAACAUGCUAAAAAAUGAAUCAUCUGAGAGUGACAAUUUCAACGAUGAAUACGAUAGUAUAUAUAUGUACGCAUACUUUUUUUUACAACAUUUGAAUCGUGCUGAUAUUAAUGAAAUUCCUCAAGAAUUUUGUGAAGAUAUAGCAAUUGAAAGUACUUACUUUGAGCAACGGUUUAUAGAUAGUACAGAGAAUAUGAUGAAUAAAAGUGUGGGUUUAGUAUACAAUGCAAUAGAUAAAUGUUUGCUAUAUAAUGAUACAGAAUUUGUUAAUAUUAUUAAAAACUAUAUAGCUAAUAUGCAUAAAAAAGAGGUGGAAUUGGUUCAAGUUCAACAAGCAAAUCAAAAAGGUAUAAUAGAUUUAGAUGGCUCCAAUAAAGAGAAUAUUCUUUUAAGUGCUUCAUUCAAGAAUCUAUUAAAAGUUGCUACAAAGAAAAGACUGAAAUUAUCAAGCUAUCGCAAUAAUGAUAAGUGUAAUCAACCACCAACACAUGAAACAGAUAAACAAAAGCAUAAUUAA